GCUGCAAUCUUUUUCCAAUCCUAAUACAAUCAAAUCAGAAUCAUGUGAAGUUUGGAAAUACAAAAUACACUUUAAUUGGUGUGAUUGAAUUGGAAAUAUCGAACCCAUUUUGGCAAUUUCUUUCAUUCAAUUCCCCUAGAUAUUGCCAAUGGUUGUUUUUCACCAAGAUUUCGCACGCUUUUGCUCCUUUAUAUUUCCUAACAGUUUCCUCCAUUUUCAAUACCCCAGAAAGAAAGAAAGAAAGAAAGAUCUCUCUCUCUAACAGAAAUGGCCUCUGUUAGCUUCCCAAAUCUGUUCUUGAUUUCCUUGUUCUCAGCAGCUCUGCUAUUCACUCCCUCCAAUUCCCAGAAAUGCACCUCGCAAAAAUUCAAAAGCAACAAACUCUUUGCAAAUUGCACUGAUCUUCCUGUCUUGAAUUCCUACCUACAUUUCACCUACAAUUCUUCCAAUUCCUCUCUCUCUAUAGCCUUCGUCGCUCCUCCUGCCAAACCUGAGGGCUGGAUUGGGUGGGGGAUCAACCCCACUGGAACUGGGAUGUUAGGUAGUCAGGCUUUUGUAGCAUUCAAAGCCAACAGCUCAGUGAUCGUCAACACUUACAACAUCAGCAGCUACACAACGCCUUGGACAUCCAACCUAUCGUUUGGUGUGUGGGAUCUGAGUUCGGAGUCUGACGAUAACAAUAUAGUGAUAUUUGCGACGGUGAAGUUGCCGGAGCAUGCAAAAAGUGUGAACCAGGUUUGGCAGGUGGGCUCAUCUUUAACUGGUGGCAUACCAAAUAGGCAUGAUCUGGCGGAAGCCAACUUACAGUCUAAAGGGUUCUUGGAGUUUGUGGCUGCUAGUGCUCCUGCACCUGCUCCUGGACCAUCUGCUAAUCAGUCUGGAAGCUUUAAUGCAAUUGGAAAGUUGGAUUUCACUUUGCUUGUUGGAUUAUUUGUUUUGCUUGGUAGUUUUAUUCCAUUUUGAUAAUUUUCUUUUAAAAAAAAUAUAUCAUUGGUUUAAUUUCUUGUUAGCUUCUUCGCAGCUGUAGUUCAAUUUGUUAAGCUUCUCUCGUGAUAAAUUCUGAUUGUUGAUUUAUGAUGAAA